AGUCACUUGGUUCAGUGUGACAGCUGCAUCGUUGACAGAGCGUAUAUUUCUAACACAGCAAGGAGCAAGGCUGUUGGCAAAAAUGACGAUCAGCGUAUCGCGUACAUUCGUGAUCUUAGUAUCAACCAUGACGAUUUUCUUCAAUUUUGUACAGAUACAAGGAUCGUCAAUGAAUCCAAUCAUCGAUUUCGAUGCUAUUCGUGCCGCUUACGAAGACGUGCGAAACGACGAUUCACCAACUGUGUGGGCCGCUUUCAAAUAUGAAGGUAAGCGCAUCGUGUACGCCGGUCACGGGAAUAACUAUGACGGAUUUCUUCGAUUUUGUACAGAUGACGCUCGCAUAUACGCGUACGUUCGAGUUGAAACUGGUGACGAAAUGAGCAGGCGAGCAAAAUUCGCUUUCAUAACAUGGAUUGGACCUGGUGUAUCUCCUUUGAAAAAGGCUAAAGUCAGCACAGAUAAAGCUUUCGUUAAGGAAGCCUGUCCGAAUUAUGAUAAGGAAAUUCUUGCUGACGAAAGGCCGGAGAUCGCACAGCGGAAAGUAAAAGCGGCCUUGGAGUUAGCGGGAAAAUGAGUUCCGAAAACUGAACAAAACUACAUUUUUUUGUUUUGUAAUGUGGCAUACCACCUAGGCAUUUUUUUGAAAAAAUUCCAAAAUCAAAUAAAAGGUGAAACGAUCUUAGCAAAUAUAAUAAAAUUCAUAUGAAAGUGCAGUUUGUACUCGAGCAAACGUCUUUUGUCGACGCGAAGAAUGGUGAGUGGGUGUGGUGGGGGUUUGUAAUGCUAUAUGAAUUUUUCAGUUUUCACUAACAAAUAUGUCUGGAAGGCUACCAUAAGGUAAGCCUGGUCCACUUAAGUAAAAUAAGCAUAAAGGACAAGAAUUUUGUUUCUUUCGCUUUAGUGGCUUAUUAAAACAUCUUUGAUAACUGAUUUUUUCCCCUUAUACUUUUGCUCAAGUCGAUGCGAGAUUGUACCCCGGACACUCUCUCCUCGUGCUCGGGAAGUUCAAAUGCGAGGACGCCUUCACUGUUCAAAUGGCAUGCGCCUUUUUGCAAGUAUUUUUACGAUUAAUGCAAAGUAGACCCACAUGUGCAUCUUUACUGAGAACUUUUAACGUCGAUUCAAAAUCAACAACAAAU